AUGAGCACCAUUCAGAACCUCAAGAAUUUCAUACGUCAUGGCAAGCAGGCUAGAGCUGCCGAACCGCCCCGCGAUCAACCAACAACCAACGUUUCCCCCAUACACGCCCAACAACAAAAAUACAACCAGGUUCAUACCGACCCAGUACUCGGCCACCGACACCAACAACAGCCAGUGCCCCAGCCUGGUGAGCACUCAGCCGCUGCCUUUGACAACCGCAAUGCCGCUGCCCAAGCAGGCAACGUUGCUGCCAAUGCAGCCGGCAAAAAUCAAAAGAUCCAGAAGCGGGAAGCGGAAAUUCAGGCCAUUGUCGCCGAAGAAAGAGAAAAGGCAGGCAAGCUACCUCGCUAUUCCGGUUUGGAGAGGUACAUGCUUUUAGAGAAGAUGGGUGAUGGUGCCUUCAGCAAUGUCUACAAGGCAAGAGAUACCCUGACUGGUGACGAAGUAGCCAUCAAGGUCGUGCGGAAGUUUGAAAUGAACUCGAAUCAGCGAGCAAAUAUCCUGAAGGAGGUUCAGAUCAUGCGACAACUGGACCAUCCCAAUAUUGUUCGACUCAUUGAUUUCUCAGAGUCUCGCCAGCAUUACUUUAUCAUUCUCGAGUUAUGUCCAGGCGGUGAACUGUUCCAUCAAAUUGUUCGUUUGACGUAUUUCAGCGAAGAUCUCAGUAGACAUGUCAUCACCCAGGUCGCUCAGGCUUUACUUUACCUUCACGAAGAGACUGGCGUUGUUCAUCGUGAUAUUAAGCCUGAAAACCUUCUGUUCUAUCCUGUUCCAUUCAUUCCAACCAGAAAUCCUAGACCUCGCGGACCAGAUGAUGAGGAUAAGGCCGAUGAAGGUGAAUUUGUUCAGGGCAUCGGUGCUGGCGGUAUUGGCCGCAUCAAAAUUGCCGACUUUGGUCUUUCCAAGGUUAUUUGGGAUUCCCAGACCAUGACUCCUUGUGGAACCGUCGGCUACACUGCUCCUGAAAUCGUCAAAGAUGAGCGAUAUAGCAAGUCAGUCGACAUGUGGGCUCUAGGGUGUGUUUUGUACACACUUCUCUGUGGAUUCCCCCCUUUCUACGACGAAUCUAUCCAGGUCCUGACGGAAAAGGUUGCUCGAGGCCAAUAUACGUUUCUAUCACCCUGGUGGGAUGAUAUUUCAAAAUCAGCUCAGGAUCUGGUUUCACAUCUCCUCACCGUCAACCCAGAUAAACGCUACUCGAUCGAGGAAUUCCUGAACCAUCCAUGGAUUCGGAAUGUUCAAGAACCUACCUACGCUGCUGCGGAUGCGCCACCGUUAGCAACCCCUCUUGUCGUACGACAGAAAGAAUGGGCUGCUGCGGGUCAGAUCCCCGCCGAACUUGCUCUCGGUACCCCUAACACACCUGGGGCACGACGGGCUGAUUUCCGAUCUCCUGGUGCAGUCAAUCUACGUGAAGUUUUCGAUGUUGGGUAUGCAGUGCACAGACAAGAGGAAGAAGCCAAACGGAGAAAGAACUUCAAGCAAGGCUACCGUGGAGGCGGCUUGCCUGGCGGAUUGAAUCCACUGAAUGAAGAUGAUGACUUUGACGACGAAGAUGAAUACGAGAAUGAAAUAGCCAGCAAGGUCCCCAAAGCACAGCAGCCAACUGAUGUUGCGAACAUGGAAGCAAAGUUACGCCAGACUAACCUCGGAACUCAACCCUCUACAGCUGCUCAAGCAAGAGCGGCAGCUGGACCUGCGCCAGCUCGAAGUCAACAUCACGCUCAGCAAGAACGAGGAUAUGGACAGCAUAGUGCUGCCGUCGCCGCUGCCGCCCAACGUGAUGUCGGAAGAAGAAAUAAGCAACCCUUCGAGCUGAGCUUGGACAAUUCAACACUGUUAGGACGAAGAAACAAAGUUGUUCCUAAUGCAGGACCACCUUCGAAAUUGAGAGAGGAACUCAGAGUUAGAUGA